AUGCUUCGCUCGGUGUGGAGCGCGCCUCACGUGGCUGCGGCGGCCGCCUCGCUGCAUCGCGGCCGCAUUGAGUACCAGCGUGGUCGCCACUUUGAGCUCCUCGCGCGAGAGCCAGGGUCCGAGCGGCCCGACCUGCCCAUCUGGGUCUCGUCGCCGCACGCAAUCGAGUACGAGCCCGCCGCCGGGCCUGUCGUCAAGCACGAGGUGCCCGGUGUGCGCGGCGCGUUCGUGCUCUCGAACGUUCUCUCGCCGCGCGAGUCCGAGCAGCUGCUGCGCAUGAGCGAGGCGAUGGGCUACACGGAGGACGCUCCCGUCUCCCUCGGCCGCCGCAUCCGGAGGAACUCGAACUGCGUGUGGAUCGCCGACGACUCGGUCUGGCUGCCCGUCUGGCGCCGGAUAGCGCCUCACCUGCCGCCAGAGGCUGGCGGUGGCCGGCCGGCGGGCCUCAACCAGAGGUGGCGGCUGUACCGAUACGGCGAGAGCGACGUCUUUCGCCUGCACACGGACGGGUCGUGGCCCGGCUCGGCGGCGGGCGACGGGAGGGUGACGAGGGACGCGUACGGCGACAGGUGGAGUCAGAUGACGCUGCUGCUGUACCUCGACGACGACUACGACGGCGGCGAGACGAGCUUCGUCGUGUCGGAGGAAGGCCUCCCCGCCUCGGCUCACGCGCCCGGCGCGCGGGUGCGGUCCGUCCGAGUGGCGCGAGGCAGCGCGCUCCUCUUCUACCACGGAGAGCACCCGCUGUCGAUGCUCCACGAGGGGUCGCUCGUGAGCAGAGGCGUCAAGACCAUCGUCCGCUCCGACGUCCUCUACACCCUGCUCGGCCGGACCCUGCCGGACGGCGAUUCGGCUGCGCUGCCGCUGGAGCAGCCUCCGCGCGACGAGCUGCGUUAG